AUGGCGGUAGCUGCAGAUCAGCGGAAGAAGAUCCUCAAGGUCUUGAUGACCUCGCUACUCUUGGAUUUGAUAUCCUUCACCUUCAUUCUGCCCCUCUUUCCGUCCCUCCUUACCUUCUACCGCAACCAAGACCCCUCCCCGGACUCGCUUUUGAACCGCGUCUUCCACUAUCUCAAUGCCUACAAGAACUCCUUCGCGAAGCCAAUUGACUCGCGCUAUGAUAUCGUCCUUCUUGGCGGCGCUCUCGGCUCCCUCUUUUCGUUUUUGCAGGCCCUUGCAGCCCCCUUUAUAGGUCGUCUCUCGGACCAGCGUGGCCGCAAGACCGCCCUACUCUACUCCAUGAUCGGCAACACCCUCAGCGUCGCUCUCUGGGUCGCCGCGACCGAUUUCCGCACCUUUCUCGCCAGUCGCAUUGUAGGCGGCCUCAGCGAAGGCAACGUCCAGCUAGCCAAUGCCAUUGCAACCGACAUCAGCGACCCCAGCCAGCGCGGCUCGACCAUGGCCCUGGUGGGCGCCUGCUUCAGCAUCGCCUUCACCUGCGGGCCCGCAUUGGGAGCGGCUCUCUCGAACAUCACCACCGUGGCAGCAAACCCCUUCGCGACCGCAGCUGGCGUUUCCCUUCUGCUCAUCGUCGUUGAAACCACAUACAUCUACUUCUGCCUCCCGGAGACCCAUCCUCGCUUCACCAAGCUCACUCAUACCUCCGCAAAUACCACAAACACCACCACCACCACCCCUACCUCGAAGCCUUCCUCCCCCAAGCGCAAGCAGCAUACCAAUAAACCCGCGGUUUUGAAUUUCAUCCACCUCCUUUUCCUCCUCCCUUUCUCCGGCCUCGAGUUCUCCCUUCCCUUCCUCACUGCCACCUUCUACGCCGGGAGCCAAGCCAGCCCCUCCGCCCUCAAUGGCCGUCUCCUCUCCAUGAUGGGUCUUAUCGCCUCCCUUCUCCAAGGUACCGUGGUGCGCCGUCUCCCCCCACUCGUUACCGUGCGCGCGGGCGUCGUCGCCUGCACCAUCUCCUUCUUCAUGUUGGCGCGCGUCUCCUCGGUUACCGGUCUCUACGCCGCCGGCGGACUCCUCGCCAUCACCAGCGCCACGGUUGUCACCGGCCUGAACAGCCUGGGGAGCUUGGAAGCACAGGAAUCGGACCGCGGAGCAGUCCUGGGCCGCCUUCGAAGCUGGGGACAAGUGGGUCGCGCGGCGGGACCAUUGCUCUUCUGCUCGCUCUUUUGGUGGGUCGGGCGCGAAAUCGCCUAUACCACGGGUGGAAUUGUCAUGGUCACCGUGUGCGUGGCCGUGUUUACGAACCUGAAGUCGCCCUCGAUUGGAAAAGUGAAGGCAUAG